UGUCAGCGCCGGAAGUUGGCGUGCCCGCGUCGAACCGUGGGCGGCUCUCCACCGAGGCGUAGGGGCGCCAUGGCCACAGACGAAGAUGAGUUGAAUCUUCUGGUUAUCAUAGUUGACACCAACCCGAUUUGGUGGGGAAAGCAAGCAUUAAAGGGAUCUCAGUUCACUUUAUCCAAGUGCAUGGAUGCUGUGAUGGUGCUGGCGAAUUCCCACCUCUUCAUGAACCGCUCCAACCAGCUGGCGGUGAUAGCCAGCCACAUCCAGGAAAGCCGAUUCUUAUACCCGGGGAAGAAUGGCAGACUUGGAGACUUCUUCGGAGACCCUGGCAACCCGAUUCCUGACUAUAAUCCCUCCGGGAGUAAAGACGGGAAAUAUGAAUUGUUGACAGCUGCAAAUGAGGUGAUCGCUGAGGAGAUCAAAGAUCUGAUGACCAAAAGUGACAUAAAGGGCCAGCACACAGAGACAUUGCUAGCAGGAUCCCUCGCCAAAGCCCUUUGCUAUAUUCACAGAGUGAGCAAGGCAGUUAAAGAUAAUCAGGAGAUGAAAUCAAGGAUUUUGGUGAUCAAGGCUGCAGAGGACAGCGCACUGCAGUACAUGAACUUCAUGAACGUCAUCUUUGCUGCUCAGAAGCAGAAUAUUCUCAUCGAUGCCUGCGUCCUAGACUCGGAUUCAGGGCUCCUCCAACAGGCUUGUGACAUCACAGGGGGAUUGUACCUGAAAGUGCCCCAGAUGCCUUCCCUCCUGCAGUACUUACUGUGGGUUUUUCUUCCGGAUCAAGAUCAGCGAUCUCAGCUAAUCCUCCCGCCUCCGAUCCACGUGGACUACAGGGCUGCCUGCUUCUGUCACCGAAGUCUCAUUGAGAUUGGCUAUGUCUGCUCCGUGUGUCUGUCCAUUUUCUGCAAUUUCAGCCCCAUCUGCACCACAUGCGAGACAGCCUUUAAGAUCUCCCUCCCUCCUGUACUGAAGGCUAAGAAAAAGAAACAGAAGGUGGCCCUGUGAUGAGCAAUGUGCACGCGUUUCCCCAUCCUGCUGCAGCCUGCUCUCCCUGGAGGGCGCUGCUCUCAGCCCGUGCUUGUAGGGUGGAGCUGACGUGCACCCCAAGCCUCCCAUGUUCCAUGGAAAGGGGACAAGCACAGGGUUAACGCUUUCUGUCUGUUGCUUAGCAGAAGCCAGCUGGGCCUGCUUCAUCUGUUGUUGCUCUCUUCCUUGGGGCUGGGUGUUGAAUCCCCACCUUGCAGGUCCUCGGCCAGCACCCCACUGCUUCGCUGCAGCCACCUGGGAUUUUGUUCUUUUUUUUUUUUUUAAAUGUUUCUUUUUUUUUUAACUUUAUAUUAUGUAUGAGUAAACUUAAUUUUAUGUAUGAAUACUCCGCAUAUACACCUGCGUGUCAGAAGAGGACAUCAGAUCCCAUUGUAGAUGGUCAUGAGCCACCAUGUGGGUCCUGGGAAUUGAACUCAGGACCUCUGGAAGAGCAGCCAGUGCUCUUAACCGCUGAACCAUCUCUCCAGCCCCUGGGAUUUUGUUCUUAGAUUUGUCCUCCGUCACAGCUUAUCAUCUACAUUCUGGGCUUUCUGUACUAAAAGAUGGGCAGUGAGUGAAGUAGGAAUGCCACUCGGGAAGGUGAACAGCAUUGGGUCAUCAUCAGUCAUGACAAAGCAUCUUAGUUGGACUGGUGUGCACAUGCCUGGAAUCCUGGGUCGGGAAGGUUUGGGGUUCAGAUCCUGCCUGUCUUUUAAGAAAAUGAACAUUUUAUAGCAAAUAAGUUGUUUCCUUUAACUAUAUUUAAAUGUAACCUGACCUAAAGGCAUAAGCCUUCAAUCCCAGCACUCAGGGUGCAGAGAUUGAGGCUAGCCUGGUCUACGCAGUGAGUUGAAACCAGUCAGGGCUGCAUCUUGCCACUUCAUUUACAAAAACAAACCAAACCAAACCAGUAGUCAGUGUAGGAGACCUGCUGACUCGAGGCUCCCUGCAGCUGUUAGCUGUUCUGUAUUUGUCUGGUAUGCCAGCAUAUUUGCACGGAGUUAACCAAGAUUAUUAGUAGAGGUUUUCAACAAAAAUGUAUAAAAUCUGAAUUUAAAUAUACAAAAGGAGCAAUCGCAGGGGCUGUGGUAAAGGUUGUCAGAGACACACAUGAGGGAAGAGUUUGUCGGCUGGUGUCAGAGCCACCUCAUGGGGAAAAGGAGCUAUCUAGAGGUAUAACCCUGUCAUUUUCUAAUAGAAUAACAUUAAUGUUGGAGAACUGUUGAAUACUAAAAUGUAAAUGAGUUUAAUCAAAACACUUGUAAUUUCAACAAUAAAAAUUCUAUUUUUAUAUUUACUAAUUUUCUUAAAGUAUUUUUCUAGAUAUUUUCAUUAAGUAGUUUUUUUGAGACAGUUUUUCUGCAUAAUAGCCCUGGCUGUGUUGGAACUCACUUUGUAGAACAGACUCACAGAGAUCCUCCUAAGUGUUGGAUUAAAGGCGUGCGCCACCACCACUCA